AUGUCUAAAAGAUCGCAACGUGAGAGUUACUCUACUGAUCAAAACAAUAAAGAUCCUCUUGAGCCUUCUAGUUCUAAAAGAGUUCGAUUUCAGACGUCCGAUGAUUCUGCAGCAACUGAUCCAAUUGUAAAAGAAGAGGGUGAAUAUGAAUUUGAUCAUGAAACCUAUUUAGAAAAAGCUAAACUACGUCGUGGUGCAGUUAAACUUCAAGGAUAUGCAAGUGAUGAAACAGAUACUAGUGAUGACGAUGGUACAGCUCUCUUUAACCGUCGAAAAGGUAAAGACACAGCUGAUGAUUUGGAUGAUAUGUUUGCAGAUGAUGAUAUUUCAUCUAAACAAAAAGGAUCAUUGGAUGUAAUUGGGAAGAAAAAGGUUAAGUAUUUGGAAUUGGAUGAAAUUGAAGGUCAAGAAUAUACAUCUAGGGAUGCAUACGAUGAAGAAUCUGGGGAACCUAUAAUUGAAGCUUUUAAUAUGAAAGCUGAAAUGGAAGAAGGUAGAUUUGAUGAAGCGGGAAAUUAUGUUCGUAAUAAAAAAGACCCCAGCGCAUUUCAUGAUAAAUGGCUUCAAGGACUUUCACAGAAAGACAUUGAAAAAGCUAAACGAGCACAUGAAAAGCAAGAGCAAGAGAGAAAACUUAAAGAAGCUGAAGAAGCUUCAAGAGGUCCACUAGAUCGAGUUUCAAUAUGGAAGGAUCUUUUAGCAAUCAUGAAACAGGGUGAAACAUUAUUAGAUACUUUACAAAGAUUAGGCGGAGGACUAAGUAAUAAAGGAAAGAAUAAACGAGGACAAAAACAUUACAAGAAAAAAAGGGGCAAAACAGAUGAAACAAUGGAAAUGGCAAUUGAUAAAGAAGAACUCACACCUGAAGAAAUUGCUGAACAAGAACGCAAGAAACAAAUAGAAAUUCUUACUGAUUUAUCUGAUAAAAUGAUGGCAUUAGGACAUUUUAAUGUUUAUGAUGAUACAUGGGAACAAAUCCUAAGAAAUUUGAAAAGGGAAAAAGCAGUUCCAGAAGAUUGGAUACCAGUAAAUUUUGAGGAGGAGAAAGAAGCUGAAAAUGAUUCAUUAAAUACACCUUUUGAUGAAUUUUCAAGUAAUAUAGCGACAACACAACAAUUGUAUUGGGAAUAUAAAUGGAUAGACUCGUCAGAUGCUAAUUCUAAUGAUAUAUAUGGACCAUUUUCAGGAGAAGAUAUGAAAGCUUGGAAUGAUCAAGGAUUUUUUGCACAAGGGGUUUUAGUGCGAAAGGCAGGUUCUGAAGAUGAAUUUACUAGUUCCACGGGGAUUGAUUUUACUUGUUUCACUUGA